GAGAAGCGUCAACAUCAUGGCGAACAUGGCACUCAAGGACUUUUUCACCGUUCGUCUAAAUGUUUUGCCCCAAUGAGUUGGGCGUUGUUGGUUCGCUUGUCAGUAGUUAGUCUAAAGUAACAAUUGGCAGCAUGUCUGGGCCGAAUGUGUGGACUCGUAGCCGAGAGAGAAUGCGAUUGUUCUCAGAGCUGUUCGCACAGUGUGGACCUGAGGCAGCAACAUAUGGGAAGUGCGUGGCAGCUACCACAACUGGCAAACAAGAGUUAAAGAAGGACCUCUGUCUGAAGGAGUUCGAGGCCUUAAAAAGAUGUUUCACGACUGCGGCAAAGAGGCGAGGCAAGUGA